GGCUGGGUCCCAGAAUGCAAGGAAGUCCCGCGAGACUCAGGAAGCGACCGCGGGAUUUCAGGCUGUGCGACCGCUCCACGUGGCGGAGCCGGCGCCGCACGGCCCCGCCCCGCGCACGCCCCCGGGGCCAACCAGAGCCAAGGGGCGUUCCCUGGCCCCGUUUCCCGUCUUCCCGUCCCAGCUGCCUUGGGCCCGCAGACCCGGCGACCUGCGACCCGGAAGCGGUUGCUCUGGUGGAGGCGGGCCUCAGAGGGUGGAGAGCUUUUUUCCUCACUGGGCUGGCUGUGGCUCCUGCGGGAAAACUGUGGCUAGGUCUGCGGGGCGCCGCACUCAUGGCUUCCGUGCUGUCCUACGAAAGCCUCGUCCACGCCGUGGCUGGAGCCGUGGGAAGUGUGACAGCAAUGACAGUGUUUUUUCCCUUGGAUACAGCUCGACUUCGACUUCAAGUUGAUGAGAAAAGAAAGUCCAAAACUACACACAUGGUGCUUCUGGAGAUAAUUAAAGAAGAAGGCCUCCUGGCACCAUAUCGAGGGUGGUUUCCAGUUAUCUCCAGCCUCUGCUGCUCCAAUUUCGUCUAUUUCUACACUUUUAAUAGCCUCAAAGCAAUCUGGGUCAAAGGUCAAAAUUCUACUACUGGAAAAGAUCUGGUAGUUGGAUUUGUUGCAGGAGUGGUGAAUGUGUUGCUAACAACUCCACUCUGGGUCGUAAACACCAGACUAAAGCUGCAAGGGGCAAAAUUUAGAAAUGAAGACAUUGUACCAACCAACUACAAAGGUAUUAUUGAUGCUUUCCACCAGAUCAUUCGAGAUGAAGGAAUCUUGGCUUUAUGGAAUGGCACAUUUCCCUCCUUGCUGUUGGUCUUCAAUCCUGCCAUCCAAUUCAUGUUCUAUGAAGGUUUAAAGCGGCAGCUUUUAAAGAAACGAAUGAAGCUUUCUUCUGUGGAUGUGUUCAUCAUUGGUGCAGUAGCCAAAGCGAUUGCCACUACAGUCACCUAUCCCAUGCAGACGGUACAGUCAAUUCUAAGGUUCGGACGUCACAGACUAAACCCAGAAAACAGAACACUGGGGAGUCUUCGUAAUGUUCUCUAUCUUCUUCACCAACGAGUAAGGCGUUUUGGAAUAAUAGGACUCUACAAAGGCCUUGAAGCCAAGCUGCUGCAGACAGUGCUCACUGCUGCUCUCAUGUUCCUUGUUUAUGAGAAACUGACGGCUGCUACCUUCACUGUGAUGGGGCUGAAGCGUGCACGAAAGCACUGAGACACCUUACCCUGAAAAGUGCAGAAAGGUGCUCAACGUGGGAGGCUUCCCUCUGUGUGAAGAGACGUGGUUCUCCGUUUACUCUUGCUCCUUCCACCACGUGUUUUACCCUCCUGGGCUUGAAAUGCAUCUGAGGGUAAACGUGGAGUUAGCCAGCUGGACCUCUCGCCAACUUAAUUUUUAUGAUGGUUGGUUGGAUUUUGCAGGGAAGGUUGGACUAAUGAGCGUACGAAAAGAAAACAUUGUUGAAACCUAAAAACGAAAGUUUGUGGGGGUUCAUUGGUUUUCUUAAGGGGGAUGGACUAGUGCUCUCAUGUGUAAUCUUUUCCAGUUAAUUUUUCUUAAAUUUACCAGCUGUUCUCUUUCCCUGAACCCUCCCCCAGGUUCUAGGACAAAUUUAAUGGCAUGUAAUUCUCCUCAUAUACUUUUGUAUAUCUUAAUCUUGGUCUGUUCCUCACUAAAAAUAAUAUUAUGACUGUGCCGUGGGCAUGACUUUAUUUUUGUUGGCUUUUUUACUCCUGCUUAAGGAAAGCUGUCUUCUUUAGUAUAUAAGCUAUUUAUUGUGUGGGGAAAAUGAAAAUUAUUAAUUCCAAAUGAUUCUCUUAUAAACUAUUCGUAAACAUUACUUUUCAUUAGUAUUUGACAUAAUUAAAAAAUAUUUAUUUUGAAUCAACCCUUUUAUUACAAAAGGCUUGAGGUUUUAUGUUCAUCCAUUCAAGCCCCGUUCAAAUCAAUCCUCCAAAAAUUGUCAAUACAAAAGACAUUCUUAAAAGUUGCCCUUUGUUAAGGUAUUACAUUAGGUUUACAACGAUAAAAAUCACAAAAAAAGCAAGAGGAAGCAGAUGCCUUUUUUAGACUCUGAAAUAUUAUCUCCCUUUACAAACUCUUGGUGGAGACUGUAUAUUUUGAGAAUAAACAUCUGAUUAAGGUUCUAUUUGGAAACAUUCCUUAGAGUCCUGCUACUCCAAGUGUGGUCCAUCAAGCAGUAGCAUUGACAUCACCUGGGAGCUUGUUGGACAUGCAGUCCCAGAGCUUCUGAAUCGUUCUACAUUUUAACGAGAUUCCCAGAUGAUUCAUGCUCACGUUAAAGUUGGAGAGACCUUAGAGCCCCUGACCCAACAGGAGAUAUGAUUGGUUUCAAUUACAAUUUCAAUUGUUUUAAUGUAUUAAAACAAUCUCUGAAAAGCCA